AUGGCGCCAACACUAUCAGAAGAUGAGAUCGAUGAUCUCAUUUACUUCGCCCGAGUCGGAGAAAUGGACGAUCUGAAAGAGACUCUUGUGGCCUUGGCAGAGCGAGAGAAGGUGUCACAGGCUGAAAUCUUGAUUGCAGCCAAGGAUGAAGGCAAAUCGACGGCAUUGCACAUGGCAACUGGAAAUGGCCAUUUAGAGACUGUACGAAAAUUGCUCCAAUGCUUUGAUGACAGGCCAAAGGAAGAAAAGCAGGCGUUCAUCGAUGAUGCUAAUGAGCAUGGAAACACUGGCUUGCAUUGGGCCGCCCUUGGCGGACAUCUGGAUACCGUCAAACUUCUAAUGGAAAAUGGCGCCUCACCAGCCUUGGCAAAUGAGACAAAUUACGUUCCACUGGACUUGGCCAACUUUAACGACAAGCGGGAGGUUGCCGAAUAUUUCCUGGCUUCUGCCGGUAUGCUUGAAAACAAGAACGAGGAGAACGGUCUGGCCAAUGCGGCUGAGUCGAUCGAGCUCACUGGUGGUGGUGAUGAUGAUGAUGAUGAUAAGGACGAUGUAAAAGCUGCAUAA